UAUAUGUCAAAAUGAUUGGAAGACUGUCGUUUUGGAACAAAGACAACAACACCAGUGAAGUGGACUGCUUGGGCUGUCGUUUGGUCAGCGGCUUCGGACUGAUCGGCAUCGGAUUCUUUCUGUUGGCCCAGGCAAAGCGGCGCAGCAAGCCGCUCGAGAACUACACAAUGAAGGGCUUGGCCGCCGCUGUUGGAGCUCUGGGCGUGGCUCGCCUCGGAAAUGCAAAUUUUUUAAAGUCAAGCGCUGAGGAGGAACCAGAGGGAACGACGCCAGCACAGACUGUAACCAAGGAUCAUGGAUUCUUUGCUAGACGCUAGACGGUUUUAUUAGCUAGCCCCAACUCAUUAAAUUAGUUAUGUACUGUU